GGCCUGGUGGCAGACGCCGUGGCGGCCGCCGCGCGCCUGAAGGAAGCUGCUGGCGGGGCCCAGGGCGUCCCCGCCCGAGACCGCGCCGCCGCCGCCAUGGCUACAAAAGACCCCACAGCUGUAGAGAGAGCAAACUUGUUAAACAUGGCUAAAUUGAGUAUCAAAGGACUCAUUGAAUCUGCUCUAAGCUUUGGCCGCACUUUGGAUUCUGACUAUCCCCCCUUGCAGCAGUUCUUUGUUGUUAUGGAACAUUGUCUGAAACACGGUCUUAAAGUAAGAAAAUCAUUUUUGAGUUAUAACAAAACUAUCUGGGGCCCCUUGGAACUGGUGGAAAAGCUAUACCCAGAAGCAGAGGAAAUAGGAGCCAGUGUCCGGGAUUUACCUGGUCUUAAUGAAUUUUAUGAGUAUCAUGCACUAAUGAUGGAAGAAGAAGGAGCAGUAAUUGUUGGGCUCCUGGUUGGCCUGAAUGUGAUAGAUGCUAACCUGUGUGUAAAGGGAGAAGAUUUAGACUCACAAGUUGGAGUGAUUGAUUUUUCCAUGUAUUUAAAGAAUGAAGAAGAUAUUGAAAAUGAAAGGGAUGUUCAAAUUGCUGCCAUAUUAGACCAGAAGAAUUACGUUGAAGAAUUAAAUAGACAACUGAACAGCACAGUCAGCAGUCUCCAUUCAAGAGUUGACUCAUUAGAAAAGUCAAAUACUAAGCUGAUUGAAGAGUUAGCAAUAGCAAAAAAUAAUAUCAUUAAACUCCAAGAAGAAAAUCAUCAAUUACGAAGUGAAAAUAAAUUGAUUUUAAUGAAAACACAGCAGCACCUGGAGGUUACCAAAGUGGAUGUGGAAACUGAGCUGCAAACAUAUAAGCAUUCUCGGCAGGGGCUGGAUGAAAUGUACAAUGAAGCCAGAAGGCAGCUUCGAGAUGAAUCUCAGUUAAGACAGGAUGUGGAAAAUGAGCUAGCGGUACAAGUUAGUAUGAAACAUGAAAUUGAACUUGCUAUGAAGUUGUUGGAGAAGGAUAUCCAUGAGAAGCAGGAUACUCUGAUAGGCCUUCGGCAACAACUAGAGGAAGUUAAAGCAAUUAACAUAGAAAUGUAUCAAAAGUUGCAGGGUUCUGAAGAUGGCUUGAAAGAAAAAAAUGAAAUAAUUGCCCGACUAGAAGAAAAAACCAAUAAAAUUACUGCAGCCAUGCGGCAGCUGGAGCAAAGUGACAAUGAUUUGUUAACUCAAACUAGGACAAUUGCAAUGUCAUUGGUGAAAUAUGCCAGCAGUGACACUCAGGACCAGUACAAGCUGGUCAAAGAUAUAUCUUUCUGAAAACCACUUGUAUUUAAACAGACUAAAAGAGAAUCGACAAUUUUAUAAUAUAUUAAAUAGAAAAUAAUUUAUGCUAUUAAGUAUUUGAAAAGGGUAUUAAGGACCCUGUCCACUUCUUGAUCAGCUGCUGUGGUAAUACACUGCCAUAAAGCAGAGUGGGUGCACUUGGAUUUCCAAAAACACAUUCCUCAAACUUGUGCACAAAGGCUGAUUUGAGUAUUGACCUUUUGGAGGUCAGGAUUUUCAAGUGCAGUUUUAUCUUUUUAGCUACUUUUUGAUGGAAAAUAUAAACAUUGUUUAAAAAUAAGUUAACCCUUUGGUUUCACAAUGUGUUGGCACAAAUUUUCCCUGUUGGCCCACUCUUGGCCUAAUGGCUUCUUUACUGAUUUUUUAAUAUGUUUUAAAAUAGUUUAUAACCCAGAUUGGCCAUUCUCUUGUGCUCCAGCACCUCAGUUUUCCAGUUCCCUUAGCCCUCUUCUAUGAUAGCACAACUUCAAGCCCUACCUCACUCUGAGUUUUAUUUUAGUUUCUGUAAUCUUAGAGAAAUACUUGGGUCCCUGUCUCCCUAUGUUAAUAUUUUAAAAUUAAAUUUCAAUUUAGUGAUAACUUGAAUGUUACUCUCUUUCGCUCAGAAGUGGCAUUUAUACUUCUCAAAUGUGUCAGGUUGUCCCACUGGUAUGUUUCUAGGAAGAAAAGAAGAGGCAGUGUUUUCAGCUAGUUGAAUAGAAAUUUUGCCUGUGAUUCCCUACAAGCAGUUAGUGUCUCUUUAAUACGUGGGAAAACUUUUCUUAUAAAAACAUUGAAGUUAAAUCUAAGAAAUCCUAGAUGGGAGGCAGGGAGUGGAGCUAAGCACAGGGAGAAGCAAUGACUUACAAAUAAAAACAGAACAAAUGAAAAUCACAUUUUUAGCUAAUAUUUAAACAUCAGUGAUGAACAAAAAUGAUCUCUAGAGAAUGUUGCCAACUAAUACUAUAUUAUUUCAAAUCUUAACAUACACAUACACACAGCUUUCGGCAUAAUGUAGUAAAUGCAUAAAGAUCCUACAGGGAGGACUUGGCUGUUCGAAAUAAUUGCAGGUCUUUGCUCUUGGCCUUGUAGCACACUUGAUUCCUGGCAUACACAUCCUAACAUAAUAAAUAACAAUGUGGCUUCUUCACCUAGUGUAGGCGUAAAUACUGUGCUUUACAUGGUUUUGUAAAAAGGCAGUAACACACCCAUUAUACUUUCAAAGUUAAUUCAUUCUGCUCUACGUAAGUGGUAAAGGCUGUAUUGCUUUGCAUUGUUAAUUAUGAACAAGAAAUAAAACAAAUUUGAAGAUAGUA